CACACCGAUUUCAUGGCAGGUCCGCUUUUUACUUUUAUCUGCAAAUUUUGUGUUAUUAACCCAUGAAACCUCAUUAUUUUGAUGUCGGCACUGUUUCUGUUUUCUUCCGGUCGACGAUUAAAUGUAAAUAUACGUUAUUUACAGGCCAAAAGUUAUGUGAUUGAUGGACGCGGCCAGAAUCAAAUAAUAACCAUAAAUUAAUAUGGACGCUAAAGUGCACAAAAAAGGCAGUGAAACAGGUGAAGCCCUGGCCCAACAACAGGCACCACCAGACGCUGCCUGUCACAAAGAACCUGUGUGUGGUGACGCAGAUUUCUCAGGAAACAUCCUGUCCGAAGAGAUGGAAAAGACUAUUGUUGAAUCGGCAAUAAGUGAAAUGGGCGAGGAGGACUUGGACGAAGCAGUUCGAAACUUUGCCAAUCUGGCGAACUCAAAUUUUGACGAAUUUUUGGACGAUGGACUUGAAGCAGUUGCAAUUCCGGAGUUGCCCACAUUAGAAACCCUGUGUCCUGUUCCUUUAGAAAUUGCGACAGGAACUGCAACAGAAACCUUAGAAAAAUCUCCACAAGAUACGCCUGCACAACAAGCAUCUGCAGAAGACUUGGAAAUAGUAAUGCUCGGCUCAAGUAGUGAAAAUGCAGCCCCGUUUGUCAUCAAAGAAGAGCAUGUCUCCGAUGAUGAGAUGAUGGAUACGACUGUUGACCACUUCCAAUCGAACCAGCCAGAGGCACCGCAGCAUGAAGAAUCACUGAUGCCCAAUCUUCCUGCUGACUUUGGCUUGAAAAGUUUUGACUGGGAUGAGCCAGAGAAGGAGGUGACUAAGGUGGAUGCACCCAGCACCUUUGAAUUUGCAAUCAAAAUUAGAAGUGACUUGAUGAAAUCCCAAAAACAAACUCAAGAGGAGGAGGAGGAGAAAAUCGAGGUAAAGAAAGAAAAAGAGUUGGUUAUUGAAAAGCCAGAGGUGGAGGCAGAAGAGUCAAAUUCGACAAAAGCAAGUGUUCGAGAUAGUUCUGAUGAAUCCGACAGCGCCUCCAAAGUUGAAAAGAAGAAGGUAAAAAAGAAAAAGAAAGAAAAGGAGAAACAGAAAAAAUUGAAACCACCUGUUUAUCCAAAACCUGCUGCUGUGAGGGCAGGGGUGCGACUUGUGGAACAUGGAACACCUGCUCAGUGGUUGGUGGACGCUGUUCGGAUCAUGUUGAGGCAAAAGCAUAUCUAUUCAGCUCAAGAUAUGGACACUUGUCUUGACCAGCUGACCACUCUUCCAUGCAUAGUCAAACUGCAGCAGCUGACGGAAGCCCAGAUCAAAGAGGCGUGCAAGCUAAAGAAGAAGGAAAGCAGCCCACCACAGAAUUACACUUCUCCAAAGGUGAAGGUCAACAGAAACGAAAUGCUAGACAUGGUUUUGGCCAAAGAGGAAAUGUGGAAGGACGAAGCCAAGCAGCAGAAGAAGGAUGAGGAGCUUAAAAAGCGCAAGGUAGAGGGGAAGGACAAGGAAAAGAAGAAAAAGAGGAUCCGUCUGCUGUCGUCCGGUGAUGAGUCGGACACCGAUACCAAAUUGGUGAAAACGUCAAAGAAGGUUGAGACUGAAAAGGAGAAAUCAAAAAGCGAGAAGAGGAAGAUUGAGACCCCUGAGCCAGUGGAGGAAGUACCAUCGGAAGGAGAGCGGUCCAGAGACAGUAGCAUUUCAAGAGGAGAUGAAAGGGCAAAAGAAAAGGCUGACCAAGAAAAGUCGCUGUCAAGGAGUGAUUCUAGAAAUGAAGAGCAAGUCAAGGAGAAGAAAGAGAAGGAUGUAUCUCUGGAGAGGAGCGAUUCCAGGUCGGAGGAAAGAAAGGAAAAGGAGCGCAAGGAAAAGAGGCAGAAAGAGAGGGAGCAACGAGACAAAGAGAAGGAGAAGGAAGUAAAAGAAAAGGAGAAAGAGUUCAGAGAAAAAGAAAAAGAGCUGAGGGAAAAGGAAAGAGAGAAAAACAAGAAGCAAAACAAGGCAGAGAAGAGUAGUGAUGCAAAGCAAAAUGUAGAAAUUCCAAAGCCCUUGCAAACACCAUCUUUCAAGAUUCCAAAACGAGCCGAACCUGUUAAACCAAAGGAAACUAAAGAAUUUUCAAUCCUUCCCACACCACCACAAGACCCACGGAGGUUUGAAAAGAAAAUUAUCGUCCAAAAGAUGCCUCGAGUUGAAAGAAAGGCAAUCACAGUGGAGAGGUCAGCGCAGACAGAUCCUCUGAGCUGCUUGAGAAACUACAGCGGGCCCUCGGUAGAAGACCUCAUGCUUUUGGCCAGACAGCAGAUCCGAGAGGCUCCAAUUAUCCUGGCAAGAUGGUCUCGAAACCCGCCCGUGGCCACUGGAGACCUUGUGCGUUUCCAACGUGAAAUGCAAAAGUCCGAGGCUGACAGGAAGGCCAACAAGAUUGACUUGGAAAAGCGCAAAGACGCAGAGAGACUAAAGCAGAAGAUUUCCAUGAACGACUACAAGAAUAGGAAGUACACUCCAAAGCCGCUUAGCAAACUGGGCCAUUCGGAGAGAAAGCACCAAGAGGCCCACAUGCGCAGGGAGCAUAGACUCCAUGAAGGGUCGAUGACAAAUGGAGCCAAACAAUCAUUAGCAAAUGAGGAAACGAGCCAGGCUGUUGCUCAAAGGAUUGAAGAUAGGAAAGCUUCAAGUUUGAGUUCGCGGCACAGGAGAAGCCCUUCAAAAUCCAGUCACCACAUUCCACCUGAUGGUGAUAAUAUUGAUAAUGAGCCAUUGUCUUACACACCUCCGAUAAAUUCCCCGGACGCUCCUCCCACUCCCACACAGGAUGAGUUAGACCUGAACAGUAUUGUGAAAACGGGAAGUUCAUUCCUUGCCCCCAGUACUCUACAGCCUGGAGGCCAAACUCCGGGAAAUAUUUCACUUGACGAGAGAUUGCGGUCAACCCCGUUCAUCAUGCAAAUUGCCCAAAACGCAGUUCCGCUUCCAGUUCCACAUCCGAAUAGCUCACCAUUGACCCAAAAUUCACCAAGGCACUCAAUCUUCCCCAUGCAUUCUGCAACCCCUCCACAAAUAGGAAGCGACGCUUCAGGAAGUCCAGCUGUUGGAAAUGGUCCUGGAUUCCCAUACAACUCGCCAACUGCCUUCAAUGUUCCUCAACCAGUGCCUCCACCAGCGGUACUCGCACCUGUACCGCCUCCAUCGAAGGUCAAUGCUUGGAGUGCAACAAAUCUUGAAGUACAAGACUUUGAUAGACACAUUAGUGGCCACCACUUGCCUGCUCAUUAUAGGGACACCUCAGUUGAAGUUGGAUUCUGGAACAAAAUAAGAGAUGAAUACUGCAUACCUGAGUUUCUUAUAAACCGAUGCAUUAGAGAAAUGAAAGGUCCACCAGGCUGCAAAGUUCCAAGGUGUCCUCAGUUGCACGAGCUGGUUCCAAUGAGCUCGAACAUGCAUCAGUUGAGCAGCACCAAAGCUUUGGAGUGCUUCUUGUCCAUUCGCCAGAAGCAGUUCGUCGCCUACUAUCAAACUUGCUUCGAGGAAUUAUUGAAAAAAUUAGUCCGGUCUAGGGAACCACGCCUUCUCUUGUGCCUGUGUUAUGAAGUUAUGUUCCGUGAAGAUGAACUCGGCUCUUACUGGUGGAACAGACUGAUAGAAGCGUUGCUGCAGCUCUCUGACGUCAUUGAAGUGGAAAACGCCUUUGAAGUCAAGCGGGUGUUAGUUUAUGUGAUGAACCACAGGUGUUGCACCCUGAUGCUGAGGAAUGACAUUGCCCGCCUCAGCAUCCGAACGUUCCAGCAUCUGCCCGACGUCCUCAACCAGUUGUUCAAAGAUAGAAACUUUGUUGCUCACAAGAGCAUUGUGGAAAUUCUCAUCGAACAUGUUCUGCUGAACAAAGAACAGCCCUGGGUAACGUUGGCCUUGGAGAUUCUGAUUGCCAAUGUUUCGGAGACAGUGUGGCGCUGCUUCAAACACGGAGUCAUCCAAGACUUGGCACUGCUUUGCGGAGAAGCCGAAAGGGUUUCUCUUUACUCAAAAUCAGGGCGAACGCCACCUUCAGCCACUCAAACAUUUUCAGCCCCUAAACCUUCAAAGCCAGUGCAACUCCCUCCCCCUCCAAUGCAAGUGGUGGUGCAGCCACCACUUCCUGCACAAAAUCCUCCUUUGCCUCCUCUCAAUCCUCCCUUGCCUCCACCAGAAGCUCCAGCAGCUCCACCACCACCCCCUCCUGUGUCUCUUAUUCCACCUCCCCUGCCACCGUCUUUGCUAAUGACUGGAGUGGACCCCAAUGAAUUGAACAGGCCAUACAGUCCCACUGAAAAAGCGGACGAUGAACUUGACGAUCCAAUUGACCUGGAAUACAAUCCCGAGACAGUCACCAAGCUGUGCUUUGGCCAUGACAAACCUGAAUUGAUUAAAGAUCUGUACGCCCGAAUGUUGAGAGCAGCUGAGUCAAAUGAUUUGUCACGAAUCACUUCCAUUGUGCUUCGACAUCCAGGUGACAAAUUGCCUAGAGGGCGAAUUUUGUACAGUGUUUUGAAAGAAAAGAUGUUAAGACCUAGUCAAGGAUUUCUCAAAAUUUCUACAGCUGCGAAUGCUAAAAGCAAUACACAAGCUGCUCUGGUUCAAAAAUUCCACAUUCUCUUGGGGACUGUUGGAAUCAACAUUCUGCUGGACUUGGUUGACCAAGAUUUAAUGAACGACGCACUCGCUGUUUAUUUGACUGUGAAAACUAUGUCACAACUUAGUUGGGAGAACGUUACCUCUUACAGAGACAACCCAAUCACACUAGAACAAAUUCUCCUUAAAAGCUGCAAAAUGUGCUUCAGAAUGGGCCAAGCAGCUGAGGCUUUUGAACUGCUUAAAAGAUUUAAUCAGACGACGGGCCACAGAGGGUCUAAAGACUUACUAGAUGUGCUGGAGCUGCUGAUACAAAACUUUGUCAAUGAGCACAGAUACAAAGAAUCCCUUGUUCUAUGGACUCACGCCAGAGAAACCAAGUUAAAGUUUUGCCAAACUAACAACCUAUCAAAGGAGCUCCCCAAAAACACAAACUCUCUUAUGGUGCGGCUACUGAACAGCAACGACGUUGAUCUGGUGCUGCAGAUGUGGAAAGAAAUGAGGGACUUCCCUCAAUGUCUCGACAAGAUUACAACAAGGGCAGUUGUGCACAGGCUGUGCAGAUUUAAUUUAGACUUUGCAUUGGAUGCUUAUCAUGCAGGCAGACUAAACUCUGCUUAUCCUCCACAAAUGACAAAUAAUAGACAGGUGAAAAUAUUUUCAUAUUGGACAUAUGAAGAGGUUUAUGUUAUUAUGGAGGAUGUCUUAAGAAGACUAGAGAAUAACAUGAAAGGAACUGACAUUUCCGACUUUUCACUCAACAUUAUGUUGGAGGAAUUGCCCGAGCCGCCGUCAUCAACAGACACAAUUGAAGAUGUGACAAUGCCUUUUGUAGAAAACAGCUUGCAAAGUUUGCAGACUAGAGUGGAUGAAGCCUUGUCAAAAAUGAACCCAUCUAUUGUACUGAAUCCAACUCGUGGAGAUCUGAAAAAUCUUCGAGCCAAUCCAGUUUCUCUCAGGUGCCACCUUGUCCAAAGACGAAUCAGGGCCCAACAUGUUAGGCAGCAACAACAGCAGCAGCAGAAGGUUAUGUCUCAGUAAUCAAAUUGUUACUCCUCUUAUUUAUUUAAAAAAAAAACACGCUUCGAGAGCAAUUCCUCCCGAUGUUUUUAUUAACAGAUGUUAAGCGACUGUUCGUGUUGCACACAGCCGUUAGAAAAUAAAAUAGCUUUAAUGAUAAACAUUAAA